AUGCUCUCCUCUGCCAUCGUCGGCGCCAUCGCCCUCUGCGGCGCCGCCUCGGCUGCCGUCGCCGCCCCUCCCGUCGCGGCCAUCACCCCGGCGCCCGUCCUGCACCGUCGCGAUCCGGCUGGCGAGCUGGACCCCUGGGUCAGCGUCAACGAGGAUCCCUCAGCCACCACCUUUACACCCUCGUGGACGACCGACGGCGAGGGCAAGACGUACCUCAAGGAUGCUGCCCCGUCCAGCCUCACGGGCUCCGUCUUCUCCUUCACCACCCUCGCCGAGCCCACUACGACCACUGGCGAUCCUCCGAACCCGACGGCCUCCAACAACAAGGGCAGUGGUGCCUUUUCCCUCUGCUCCAAAAAGGACAGCAGCAUCGAGCCCUUUUGCAGACCAAGAGUCAACUCGACCCUCGAGCCCGGCAACGUCUACUACCUAACCUGGGACCCCGAACACUACGCCGACAAGAGCAACGAGUCAUAUGCCCUCACCGUCCAGGUUAAGCAGCAGAAUCGCACCACCAAGGAAUGGGUUUUCCUCUCCGACUUUGACAACACGCAGGUACCCGCUAAGCAGGGCUACUUUCCCUUUGCGGUUAACGAUGGGCUUCUCGACGGCCACGACAGCAACAACAUCACCGUCACCCUGCAGCGCCGCCUAAACAACACAAUUGGCAACCCCGACGACGUCACCACCGAGUACCCCCUCAUCGUCGCCAAGUUCAAGUACCCGGCCAAGGCUCCCAACAACGGCGCCACCGGCCACACCCUCACCAUUGCCCUUCCCGUCGUCUUUGGCACCAUUCUCCUGCUCGUUGUUGGCAUGUGCCUCUGGAACCGCAAGACCCGCCGCAUUCAGCUCGGCGAACUGAUGUCCCGCACAAGCAAACGCGGCUACUCGGGCCGCUCUGAGCGUCGCCGCCGCAUGUUUGGCUCUGGUGCCGCCACCGAUGCCGACCACGACAUUCAGCUCGGCAACGGCUUCCCUGACGACGGUCCCGAGUACCACGACGCGCCCGCCAACGGUGCUCGCCGACACCGCGCCGACAGCGAUGGUCUCGACAGCCUGACCACGUCGCCCGUGCACGGGAGCUUCCAGCAGCAGGGCACCACGGGCGGCCGCAACGCGUUUCGUGAUGAGCUGGACCGUCAACACAACGAGCGCACUGGUCUAUAA